AUGUCCCUCGCUGCGGUCAGCCGGAGGGAGAUGUCGUCCCAGCAGCCCCAUUCCUGUCUCUCCAUCGUGCAGGUUUUGGGAUUGGCCACUUGUACGCCAGCCACUUACCGGUGCCUGAACCGCAGCCAGGGCUGGCGGAGGCAGAUCAAAGAGAUGCGGUCGGAGCGGAAGCACCAGACGUCGGGCGCCUGCUACAAGCGGGACUAUGAAAGUGACCGCGAGAACCGGUCCCCCGAGCGCUGCUCCCGUGAGCAUCACCGCGGGGCCGACUUCUCCAAGAGCUCCCUGCCCGAGAGGGGCCGCUUCGACAAGUGCCGUAUCAGGCCCUCGGCCUUCAAGGCGGUGGCCGGGAAGGGGCUGGUCUCCAUGCAGGGCCUGUCCUCGUCCAAGGGGCAGAAGCUGUCCAAGAGCAACGGGAGCCUGCACACGCUGCUGUCGCAGAGCAGCACGGCGGCCUCGCAGCAUGGCCCGCUCCGCACCCACCUGCUCCACGCCAUCAGCCUGGAUGAGGCCUCCGACUCCAGCCACAACUCCAUCCAGAGCUUCCCCUCCUACAGCUCCUGCCUCCAGCCUGCCCAGAGCCAGUUCAGCGCCUCCAUGGGCCACAUCAACCACAUCGGGGGCUCCUUGGACAGGGUUUCCCGGAGCCCCAGGGACCCCCUGGCCCCCGAGAAGGCACCUCUGUCCUGCAAAAGCAUGGCCACGCUGAGCCGGCUGCAGAGCCCUGGGGAGCCCCCGCCGCCCUACGAGUUCACCUACUCGCUGGAGGAUGCGGUGAAGCAGCUGGAGGAGCGGCUGCAGGAGACGGGAGGAGAGCUGCGGCAGCUCAAGAGGAGCCUUAGCGAGACCGAAGACCCCUUCACGCAGGUGUUCGAGGACAAGCAGCGGCUGUGGCUGGAUGAGCUGGAGGAUCUGAAGCAGAUGUACAUGGCUCGGCUGCAGCAGGUGACGCAGCAGGCGCAGCGCGGGCAGCGGGCGCUGCAGCUGCAGCUCUACAAGGAGAAGCGGCUGCAGGAGGAGCUGAGCAUGCAGCAGUGCCAGUGCGAGGAGCCCAAGCUCCGGCAGCCCCAGGGCGAGCGCGUCAGCCCCAAGCUGGAGGAGACCAAGUGUGAGGUGUGCCAGAAGGCAGCGGAGAUCUCCCUGCUGAAGCAGCAGCUCCGGGACACCCAGGAGGAGAUGGCUCAGAAGCUGGGCGAGAUCUUCAGCCUGAAGACGCAGCUGCGGGAGGCCAAGGCGGAGGUGCAGGCCAGGGACUCCCAGCUGGCGCAACUGGCAGACUCCUUCCAGAGCCCCCCGGAGCCCGGCGCCUCGCUGCCGCUGGGCGACGACCCCAUGCCGGCGUGCCAGGACUUCCCCGGCUGCGAAACUGAUGACUCCAAGUGCCGGGGCCUUCACAACGACACGGCGGAGCCACUGGAGCGGCAGGUGGAGUGGCUGUGGGCAGAGCUGCUGCGGGAGCGGCGCCAGGGCCAGCUGCAGGCUGUGAACUUUGAGUUGGAGAGGAAAACCUGGCAGGAGGAGAAGGAGAAGGUGCUGCGGUAUCAGCGGGAGCUCCAGGCCAGCUACAUGGAGAUGUACCACCGGAGCCAGGCGCUGGAGCGGGAGCUGCGGCAGCUGCGGUCAGAGCCCAGGGACGUCGGGGCCGACUCGCCGUGGAUCGAGCGGGUGGAGUCCUCAAAGAUCUGAGCGGUGGGAUGCUGGCGGGACUGUGAAGGGGGAAGGUCUCUUGCUGCUGCAAUGGGAUGAUCUCAGGGUCUGCACAAGGACCGG